AUGGCGAUCUUGAAUUUUCCAUUAGCCCUAGACCCCACCCCUGUCCGCCGAUCUUCCCGCCUUUACACCAACCCAACAGCGGCCACUGCUCCACCUCCUCCACCACCACGUUUCACCCGCCGUAAAUCCCUCAAUUUCACAACCACCACCCCACCCCCACCCCACCCCAAAACCCCCAAGAAACCAGCUCCCCAAAGUCAGGAAGAUGCUGCUAAGCAGAUUUCGCCUAUAUCCCCCGAUCGAUAUGAAACUAGGAGAAAAAGAAAAUUAGAUGAAGAAAAGAAUGCGGGUCUUGCGAAAAAUAAGGAUUUGAAAGGGAAGAAAAGGGUUUAUUAUAGAAAAGUGGUUUAUGAUGGGGGUGAGUUUUCUAGGGAUGAUGUCUAUGUGAAGAGGAGAGACAAUGCUGAAUCGGAUAAUGAGGAUCCUGAAGUGGAGGAGUGUGUGAUGUGCUUUAAGGCUGGGAGGGCGGUGAUGAUUGAGUGUGAUGAAUGCUUGGGGGGAUUUCAUCUCAAAUGUUUGAAACCACCUUUAAAGGAGGUUCCAGAGGGGGAUUGGAUUUGCAGGUUCUGCGAGGCAACAAAGUUGGGGAAAAAUGUUGAAUUGCCUGUGCCACCUGCAGGGAAGAAGAGGGCUAGGACUGCUAAGGAGAAGUUGCUUUCGAGUGAUUUGUGGGCAGCCCAUAUUGAAAGUAUGUGGAAGGAAGUGGAUGGUACUUAUUGGUUUCGGUCUCGAUGGUAUAUUAUUCCUGAGGAGACUGCUGCUGGGAGACAGCCACACAAUUUAAGGAGGGAGCUUUACAGGACUAACGAAUUUGCUGAUGUUGAGAUGGAAUCUAUCAUUAGGCAUUGUUAUGUUAUGAACCCUAAAGAUUUUAGCAAGGCUGCUGAUGAAGGAGACGACAUUUUCCUGUGUGAAUAUGAGUAUGAUGUAUGUUGGCACAGUUUCAAACGCAUUGCAGAAAUCUCAAAUAAUGAAGAGGAUGCUGAAGAGGAUGAAAGUGAUAAGGACUGGAAUUCUUGCGAAAUUACGGGCUCUGAUUCUGAAGAUGACACAGACUAUAAAAAAGAGAAGAUUAAUGGCUCCCAGCGUGGACCCUCAUUUGGCUGUUUUAAACUCUCUCAGAACUUGCGGAAGGGGCAAUUUUUUGGACUUCAAAAGAUUGGGGCAAAGAAAAUACCAGAACACACAAGAUGCCACAAACAAACAGAAAUUGGAAAAGCAAAAGCUAUGCUUCUACUGGCAUGCUUACCUAAGUCUCCACCUUGUAGGAAUAAAGAAAUGGAAGAAAUAACUGCAUUUAUCAAAGGAGCUGUAUCUGAUGGUCAAUGCCUCGGAAAAUGUCUUUAUAUUCAUGGAGUUCCUGGAACUGGGAAGACAAUGACUGUCCUUGCAGUAAUGAGGACCCUAAAAAUCGAAGUUGAUUCUGGGAAUAUCAAGCCUUAUUGCUUCGUUGAGAUCAAUGGUCUAAAGCUAGCCUCACCUGAAAAUAUCUACAGAGUAAUCUAUGAAGCUUUAACUGGACACAGAGUUAGUUGGAAAAAGGCUCUACACUUAUUGAAUGAGCGAUUCUCAAAUGGGACGAAUUGGGAAGAAGAAAAUAACAAGCCUUGCAUCCUACUCAUAGAUGAACUUGAUCUUUUAGUAACCAGAAAUCAAUCGGUUUUGUACAACAUUCUUGAUUGGCCUACCAAGCCACAUUCCAAACUAAUUGUGAUAGGUAUAGCAAAUACCAUGGAUCUUCCUGAAAAGUUGCUUCCACGCAUCUCGAGUCGGAUGGGCAUACAGAGGCUUUGCUUUGGGCCCUAUAACUACCAGCAGCUUCAAGAAAUCAUAUCUAGUCGCCUCAAAGGAAUUGAUGCUUUUGAAAAACCAGCAAUUGAAUUUGCUUCUAGAAAGGUUGCUGCUGUCUCUGGUGAUGCUCGCCGUGCACUGGAGAUAUGUAGGCGAGCGGCAGAACUUGCAGAUUAUCGCUUAAGAAAAUCACAAUCACUUAAUGAUUCUGCUGGUACAAGAAGAAGUCUUGUUGGUGUGGCAGAUGUAGAAGCAGCAGUAAAGGAAAUGUUCCAGGCUCCUCAUAUUCAAGUAAUGAAAAGUUGUUCCAAACUGAGCAAAAUAUUCUUGGCAGCAAUGGUGCAUGAACUGUACAAAACUGUGGGUGAAACCAGCUUUGAAAAGUUGGCAAUGACAGUUUCAUGCCUGUGUACAAGCAACGGUGAAGCAUUUCCAGGAUUUGACACACUCUUUAGAGUUGGAUGUAAGCUUGAAUGUCGAAUUAUAUUAUGUGAAGCGGGAGUCAGACACAAAUUGCAAAAAUUGCAACUCAAUUUCCCAAGUGAUGAUGUGACUUUUGCCCUCAAAGACAGCAAAGACCUACCAUGGUUGGCUAAAUACCUGUAAUCACAAAUAGUGAGAUGCUAAUGCAUUCUUUCCCGCUUGUGUACUACAGAUUUAUUCUUUUUACGUUUUCUAAAACCCUCUCAAUUUUGCAAAUUCAUUUUUAUUUUGGGAUCUAAAUCCCUGUUAUGAUUGUAGAAGUGGGAUUAUAAUUAUCGGCCUUCCACAUGGCAAGGCACUUAUCAGAUGUGCACUUCUUAGUUUUGAUAGGCAUUUAUAUAUGCUUUUUCCUGCAAAUGACUAAACUUUUUAUAUCGAAUUGAUGAGUAUUUAGUUGCAAUGAA